UAAUUUCUCACACUCCCAAAACCAAAGAGUUACUACAUUUUCAAUGGCCCACAAAUCCAAGAAUAUCAGAAUCAAUUAGUAGGCAAAGUUUGGAAUAAAUAGCAAUUGGCUGAAAGUUACAGUAAAUAUAUGAUGACUAUUUGCUUUCUCUAGACCCUUUAAAAAGCUAGCCAGCCUUGGUGACCAAAAAAAGACUCAUAAAUAAUGAAAUGGAGAGUGGUGGUAAUUUUAGCCUUGUGUCUUUAGUGAAAUGCUUCAAUGGGUGCAAAGAUCAAGCUCAAGUCUCUAGCUUUGGGACAAGGAUUUGGAAUUUUAGUGAUAAAUCAAUUGAAUUGCAAAUAAGGGUUGGUUCAAUCUUGAAGAAAGUUCAUACAUUGAAGCCAGGAUCAUCAAAGAGGUUAAAUUCCAAGAAAAUUUACAAGGCUUAUAUGCCUAGUAAUAAUUAUUAUAAAGGUGGAGUUAAGAGUUUACUUUAUUAUUAUGAUGAAUCUUGCCACCCUUAUAUUUGGAUUAAUGAUACUGGUUGUGAUUUUUCAAGAAUGGUGAAACAACAAUACAUAAGUCUUGAAGAUUUGAGGGAUUGUUCUGAGCUAAGGAUAUUUAGAGAUCAUCAAAGAGGUUGCAUUUCUGUUAGGAAGAAACCAAGAACAGAACUUUGUUGAUUUGGUGCGUUACCCUCGAAUGGGCCCUGGUGAAAAACAAAAAAAAGUGUUCUUUCUUUUUCUUAUUGCUUACUUAUUUUUCAUGAUUAAAGAGUUGUGAUUUGAAUGCUUUUUAAGUGCUUUGGUUGAUCUAUGUAUAUUUACUAAAAACUAAGACAUGUUAGAUUGUCAAGUGAUUUGUAUUUAUUUUUUGGCCUAAAAUUUGUUGUUUGUAUUUGUAAUUGUUGAUUAGCAUAUAUAUAGAAUGGAUUACUUGACAUGUAAUUGUUUUAUAGUCUAGUAAUACCAAUGUUUAUCUUUUGAUUUGUA